GAUAGAUCGACGAGUUCAGCCAGACAAUCUCACUCGUGAUUUGACAAUUACCACUUGCUACUCGCAGGUAAUCCGUGUUGGUCGUACUGCACCAGCUGAUAAAGCGUGAAGUACCCAGCACGGGCGCACGUGUUGCUGAUCGUCGGCUCGUGUCUUCUCAAAACAAACAACAUUUUGCAGUGUGCACAGUAGCUAUUGUUGCGGCUAUAUAGCAUCAUGGAAGAUUUUCUCAAAAUUGAUUGGUGUACCAAUAUCGAGGACAUCGUCGACGAAAGAUUCGUCAACGAGGAACGCAUGAAAACGGAAAGCUGCACGUAUAAACUGCUAGGCGAUACAUUCGUCGAUCCGUUCGCUCACCUAAGAUCCGCCGAAGACAACUUAUAUACCAAUAAAAAAGUUAUUACGCGACAGCAGGACAAGAAAGAACCGAAGAAAAAGAAGGGCACGCCGCGUACCGAUGCUGCCGAUGUAGAAGAAUCGGACGAUGCACCAGCCACUGCGGCGGCGACCCCGAGAAAGAGAACGAAGAAAAAGAAGACGACGUAAUUAUGAAUCGUACAGCGAGGAUGUAUAAAAA